UUAUGAUAUAGUUCUCAGAAGCAACGAGGAUCACUCCACGAUAGUUAUAGAGAAAACGAAUUUUUGAACGCCUUGUACCUUGAUAACCCUGUUCCUUCCUCUUCCCCCAGAUCAAUGUACCGGAGCUUUGGCCUGCACCUGACGCUGCUGGCAGUGGUACAGACUGUCUAUGGAGAUUGUGGCACGAGGACCACUACCACCGCCAGCGCACGUAUCGUGGGCGGCCGGCCUGCCCAGGUGGGUGCGUGGCCUUGGCAGGUGCAGGUGCUGGUGAGUGACAGCUCGGGACAGCAGGGGUUCUGCGGCGGGACCCUGAUCCACCCGCGCUGGGUCCUCACGGCGGAGCACUGCUUCGAUGGUGCAACGUCCAAUCUGGAGGACACCACCGUUCUGGUGGGGAAGCACAACCUCGACCCUGGGAACGACACCACGGAAGUGACGCGCACCGCUGACGUCAUCCACCAUCACCAUGACUACCACCAGACCACCCUGGCCAAUGACAUGGCGCUUGUGAGGCUCAACGAUGCGGUGGACACCACACAAAGUGCGAUCAACAUCGCCUGUCUGCCGGCCGCGUCGGACACUUUUCCCGCCGGUACAAACUGCACCGCCACGGGAUGGGGGGUGCUGGAGGACGGGGGCACGCAGCCGACCAGCCUGUACCAAGUGGAGCUGCCCGUUAUAGAGAGGUCCCUGUGUGCGCAGGCGUACAACACCUUCUCGUUUAACCAGCUGUGUGCCGGGGACUGGGACAACGGCGGGAUAGACACGUGCCAGGGGGACUCAGGCGGUCCCCUGGUGUGCCAGAAGGACGGGAACGGCUCCUGGUAUCUGGCGGGCGUGACGAGUUUCGGCGGCGGGUGCGCGCUGGAGCAGAGUCCCGGGGUCUACAGCAAGGUCACCGACUUCCUGGACUGGAUAUCCCCUACGUGCUAUGAAUGUACCGGGAACAGCAGUUGCGCAGAAACCCAGCAGAGCGGAGACACUACGACGGCCUGUGGUAUUGGAGAGUGGUGCUACCUGGAGAUGACGUACGAAUCUCAGGGCUCGGCAAACCUCGUGAAUGUUCGGAGGGGGUGCCGAGCGCCGGACGAUUGCAGCAGCGAGGCGCUGAACAACGGGGUCACCAACACGCCGAACGAGCAGUGCUCCACGCAGAACGGUCAGUACGUCUGUCACCGCUGCUGUAGAGGCGCAAACGGCUGCAACAGCAUCCCGGCGUCCAUGGCAACCGUUACCACGGCAACUGCGUGGGUCACAGUGUUGCUAGGGUUCAUCGUCACUGUAUGGAGAUGACGACCGUUGUCAUGGCAACCUCGUGGAUGAUGACAGAGUAGAAUUCUGCUUCACUUCGUUUUUUGUCGGGGCUUAAUUUUCUUUGUAACCCACGUGACAUGACACCGAUCUCCAAGCAGACGUUGGGAGAAUAGAUUGCGACGUUUUCUGAUCGCAUCGUUUUCAAUAAUGCGCACAAUGGGGGGUGGGUAGCAAUAUCAUGAUCUUUUCUCCCCAUAUCUGCUUGGAGAUUAAAAUGGCACAUAGUUGCUGCUAUUUGCAAGCUGCUGUCUUUUGUUGUUGUCACGCUGUUAUCAUUAUUUGCUGCUAUUUCUUCACGUUUCCCCUAUUGGCGCAUGAUAUUUGUUUAUUGUUUGUGUGAUUGUUUAUAGCCAUGCAUCUAUAUCAAAGGGGCAAUUCGUUCAUGUGCUUGACUUGAGUUGCGUGAUGCAAUCAUGUACAGUAGAAAUGUAAGAAGAAACAUUGAAGUAUAGCUACAUAUCAUUAAUCAACGUGCAACAAAGUGUGGCAGGGAUAAUGGUAAUGAAGCUAGGUUAUUCGUAUAUUA